ACGAACUUGGCAGUUUUGUUUUCUGUCUCACUCUCACUCACAUACUGACGCCCAGCUCUCUCCGACUAAAACCCUCGCUUUGCCCGGACGGCCACGGCGACGGCGACGGCGACGAAGAAGAAGUAGAAGAAACCGGAAAUGGAAGACGACGAUCAGCAGAAGACUCUGGAUCUAGUCAAGGAGCUAGUUCAUCGUCUCCUCUCCCACAAUCCCACUGCACCAAACAACGCCGCCCAAAACCCUAACCCUACCGAUCUCAACAACUCCUUUCGAUACGCCGUUCGCAUUCUGUCCAGCAAGCUCACACCUUCCAUUGCCCCUGAUGCCGACGCCAUCGCGGAGUCAAUCAAGCGCCGCCUCGCCACUCAGGGUAAGUCCUCCAAAGCACUCUCCUUCGCCGAUCUCUACAACAAGUUCGCCUCCAAGACUGGGGCCGGCAGCAUCAACAACAAGUGGGCGGUUCUUUAUUUGCUCAAAAUUGUAUCCGAGGACAGGAAAGUCUCCCAGGCCUCGCAGAAUUCCGCCCUUCUUUUGCCCAAUUUGACUCUGGAUGACCGUGAAAUUGGCGGAGAUUCACGCAAUUCGAGGAGAGGGGAUAAGGGUUGGGAGAAUGGAGUUUUGGUGGUGGCCAAAGACCCUGAAAAUUUGCGUGAGAUUGCGUUUAGGGAGUUUGUGAAUUUGAUCAAGGAGGAGAAUGAGGUUUCCGAGGAGGUCCUGGUGAGGGAUGUUUUGUAUGCUUGCCAAGGGAUUGACGGUAAGUAUGUGAAAUUUGAUGCAGAUCUCGAUGGUUAUGUGUUGCCAGAGAAUUUCAAAGUCCCCAGGUCUACUAGAACUAUGGUAAGGAAGCUCUGUGAGUUAGGGUGGUUAUUCAGAAAAGUUAGAGGGUACAUCACUGACAGUUUGGAUUCGUUUCCUACCGCAGAAGUAGGAACAGUAGGCCAAGCAUUAUGUGCUGCAUUGCAAGAUGAACUCUCUGAGUACUACAAGUUGUUAGCUGUGCUCGAGACACAGACAAUGAAUCCUAUUCCACUGGUUUCCAGGUCAGCUGCUUCGGGGAAUUAUCUAUCUUUGAGGAGGUUAUCAGUGUGGUUUGUGGAGCCGAUGGUGAAAAUGAGGUUAAUGGCUGUUCUGGUUGAUACGUGCAAAGCCUUGAAAGGUGGUGCCAUGGCUGGUUCUAUACAUUUGCAUGCUCAGCAUGGUGAUCCUCUUGUCCACGAAUUCAUGAAAAGCUUGCUCCGAAGGGUAUGUUCUCCCCUUUUCGAAAUGGUUAGGCGGUGGGUUUUGGAAGGAGAACUUGAAGAUAUUUUUUCAGAGUUCUUUAUUGUGAGCGAGACAAAGGAACUAGAAUCUAAUGUGAGCCAAAAGGCAAAAGAGUCUCUUUGGAGGGAAGGUUACAGGCUUCAUUCCAUGAUGCUUCCUUCUUUUAUUUCUCAGCCCCUAGCUCAGAGGAUUUUGAGGACUGGGAAAUCUAUAAACUUUCUGCGUGUGUGCUGCGAUGAUCGGGGAUGGGCUGAUGCUGCCACAGAGGCUGCCGCUGCAGCAGGGACAAGUACUAGAAGGGGAAGUCUUGGAUAUGGGGAAACUGAUGCACUUGAAAAUCUGGUGGCUGAAGCAGCAAAGAGAAUUGAUAAACAUCUGUUGGACGUUAUGUACUCAAGGUAUAAGUUCAAAGAACACUGUCUUGCAAUCAAGCGUUAUUUACUGCUUGGCCAAGGUGACUUUGUUCAAUAUCUAAUGGAUAGUAUAGGAGAAGAGCUUUCUGAACCUGCUAAUACCAUCAGUUCAUUUAAGUUGGCUGGCUUUUUGGAAAGUGCAAUCCGAUCAUCUAAUGCUCAAUAUGAUGACAGAGACAUUUUAGAUAGGGUGAGGGUGAACAUGAUGGUUCAAAGCACUGGCGACAGGGGAUGGGAUGUAUUUUCACUGGAAUAUGAUGCUAGUGUUCCAUUGAACACAGUGUUCACUGAAUCUGUAAUGGCCGAGUAUCGAAGAAUUUUUAAUUUCCUCUGGAAGCUGAGGCGAGUUGAGCAUGCACUUAUUGGUGCUUGGAAAACGAUGAAACCAAACUGCAUUACCUCCAAUUCCUUUGUUAAGCUGCAGGGUGCAGUUAAAUCACAGUUACUUGUGACAUUGAGGCAGUGCCAGGUAUUGUGGAAUGAGAUGAACCAUUUUGUCACAAACUUACAGUAUUACAUUAUGUUUGAGGUACUGGAGGUAUCAUGGUCAAAUUUUUCAGACGAGAUGGAAGCUGCAAAGGAUCUCGAUGAUCUUCUUGCAGCUCAUGAGAAGUACCUUAAUUCGAUUGUAGAGAAAUCUCUUCUUGGUGAACGGUCUCGGCCCCUUUACAAGUCACUUUUUGUUUUAUUUGACCUCAUAUUACGUUAUAGAGGUCAGGUCGAUCGAUUAUACAAAGGCAUCUAUGAGCUGCAAGCAAGAAAUGCUGUGUCUUUACCUUCCAAAGACAAGAGAAAGUCAUCAAAACAGACUGCAAAAAAACCAUCCGAGCCUCCUGGGUCAUGGAUCGGUGAAGGAAGGAAGGCCCUAACACAACGUGCCGGAGAGUUUCUUCAAAAUAUGGGGAAAGAGUUGGGCGCCAUCGCAAAAGAAUAUACAUUACUACUGGAAGUUUUCUUAUCCGAGUUGCCUGUCCAGCAGCACAUUGAUUUGAAAUUCCUUCUUUUCCGGCUUGACUUUACUGAGUUUUAUAGCCAACUGCAUCCCACUAAAUGAUGUUAAGUUGCUGGCACUUUAGAGUUCCCACCGCAACCAUAGUUACCGGAAAGAAAUGGCCAGCGCUUUCCAAUAAGGCUGAUUGCUCAAACCCAUACCGCUGAAGAAGUUUGCUGUUUCUCUCGCUGACAACAAGUGGGCCUUUUUUAUCUAGGUACUGGAGCUUGACAACCCCUCAAAGCUGCUCGCUUGAUUUACUAUCUCACUUUUAGUCUUCUGGUCAGAGAUCUGAUGAUGUUUUUUGUUUGAUCAAUUGCAGAUGGUGUGUUCUACUUUGUGAGGAUUUUCAUGAAAGUUUGGGAUCGUGGAAGAAGGUACUUUGUGCCUUUAAUUGAUUUGUUGUUAGAAGUAGUGGUAACUGGUUCAGUGUGAUGCCUCACCCUUGUAGAAAAAACUGGUUCUGUGAUUGUUUGAGCGGUGAUUUCCUUCCUAUUUUGGGAUGCAGUAGCCUUGUUGUUUUGUGUUCUAUAGUCUUGCAGUUACGAAAUGAUACCAGUAUGGUGGUAUACUGUUUUUGCUUUCACUUCCACUAUUUCACUAUCCAACUCUACAAUUCAACAGUACAAUUGUGUUUCGAUAUCAGGUCUGCAAAGAUUACCUGGCUCUUGCUGUUUGUUUGGAAGAUUGCAGUGAGUUGUGGUUUAUUUUUGUAACAGUAAAUGUUAGUAGUUUCUUUGCUCUUCUGAUUCACAUAUUGUCAGCUCCAUUUUACGGUUUGUGUCUCUUCAGAGCUCUGCUGGCAGAAAAGCAGUGGGCUCGAAGUGUAGUUCAAAACUUGAAUUAGAUGCAGACUAAAAGGUAUCUGGUUAGGCAGCAAGAUAAGCUUUAGUCGUUAAUUGACCACUCGCUCUAUUUCUCUGGAAGGGAUUGUUUGGCUUAUUCGCUUGCUUUAUGUGUCUCAACGUUCAUGUUCUCUCUUUUCACAGAUUAGUUGUUCAGGAAAUUGGCAAGCAGCCAUUAUGUUGCAGACUUUUGCUGUUAACAGCAGAAGAAUGUGUAGUUGAUUGCACUUCGCAGAAUUUUCCUCUGAGAUUUGGAUUGGUGCACUUGAUGCUUGAUUGAUGGAUGCUUAUCAUGCUGGUGAAUAUCUUGGUGGAAUGAGUUGAUGCCACAGUCAGUCUUUGUUGUAAUACUGGUGAACUAUAGUAAAUGCCACUUCCAGUUUUUAUGCGUAGUCAAGUAACCCCGGUGUAAUUUUGGUGUCAGUUUGCUAAUGUAAAAGCAAUGAACAUUGCAAUUCUUCUGUGUCCAAGUUCUCGAUAGCGAACACGACACCAGGUUAGAUUAUGGGAUAACUGUGAUUCAAUAGGAUUGCUUCCAUUUUAUCAAUUCACAAUAACUGUAUGACACUAAGCGGUCGUUUGGAAGUUGUGAUUGUUUUGUUGAGAUUGUCAUUAUGCAUGUAUUGUUUACAAUGCAUUGUUUUUUUAACAGAAAUAAUAUAUGGAUUGUUUCUGU